GCGCUGCCCCGCGACAAGCAUCAAGGUCAAGACAGAAGCGGCAUCUCUCUCGCGUUGGGAGAACUGCAAAGGACUCUUGGAAUCCACCAUCCGCCGCCACCCACCCCGGGCAGAGGAAUCCGAAGCCAACCUUUUUGGGGAGAAGAAGGGCGAGGCGGGCCGGGGCGGGGGCGGGGGGGGGGAAGCGGAGGCUCCCGCAGCGAGCCCCGGUCCCCAGCCCCCGAGCGCACGCCCUCUCCGACCGGCGCCUUUUACCCUCUCUCCCUUCCCCAUCAUGAAGCCGGCGAUCUGGCUCUCUUGGACCGUCGCCCUGAGCUACUUUGCGCACGCAGGGUUGGCCGCCUAUUUCUUUCAACAGCCGAUGGAUCAAGUGAUCGUGUCAGGUCAAUCGGUGACGUUGGCAUGCGUGAUCAUGGGCUACCGUGGCAUGGUUCAGUGGACCAAGGAUGGACUGGCGUUAGGGGGGGAGCGAGACUUACCCGGUUGGUCCCGCUAUUCUAUUGUAGGAGAUGCUUCUGCCGGUCAACACAACUUACGCAUCGACUAUGCUGAACUAGACGAUGAUGCUGUUUACGAGUGCCAAGCCACACAAGCAGCCCUGCGCUCCCAGCGAGCCAAACUUACUGUACUUAUCCCCCCCAAUGACCCUGAGAUUCACAGUGGCCCCAUUGUCCAUGUCAUAUCCAACAUCCCCUACAACCUUUCGUGUCGAGCAACUGGAGCCAAGCCAGCAGCCGAAAUCACCUGGUAUCGUGAUGGGCAGCGACAAGAGUCAGCUGUUUACUCCAAGUCCCUGAUGGAUGAUGGCAAGCGGGAAGUGGCUGUCAGCACCUUCCUCUUAAUUCCAAGCAGCCGAGACAUGGGCAGCACCUUCACCUGUCGCGUCAGCAACCCGGCAGCCCCCGCUGGCAAGCAGACCUCGGUCACCCUUAAUGUUCAGUAUCCACCUGUUGUGAUCCUGUCAGUACAGCCACAAACUGUGCCUGAGGGUGGCAAAGUGAGUUUCCUGUGCACCGCAACGUCCAAUCCUGAAGUGACAGGUUACCGGUGGGCUAAAGGAGGCGUCCCCAUCCCAGAGGCCAACGGUGACAGCUACGAAGCCACAGUUGACCAGUCUUUCUUCACAGAGCCUGUAUCGUGCGAAGUGUCCAACGCUGUGGGUAGCACCAAUGUUAGCACUCUGGUGGACGUCCAUUUUGGGCCUCACCUUGUCUCCCAGCCUAAGCCCCUGACAGUGGAUAUCGGCUCAGAUGCCUCUUUUACCUGCACCUGGACAGGGAACCCACCUCUUACCUUGGCCUGGACAAAGAAAGGCUCCACUGUGGUGCUGAGUAACGGCAACACGCUGCAUCUCAAGGCAGUGACACAAGAGGAUGCCGGGGUAUACGUGUGCAAAGCCAUCGUGCCUCGCAUUGGAGUGGCCGAGAAAGAAGUGACCCUGGCUGUGAAUGGUCCACCCAUUAUCAGUGCUGAAUCAAGCCAGCAGACAGCAGUGGGGGCCAAGGCCCGUCUGGAAUGCUUGGUGGAAAGUGUGCCUCGGCCGGACAGGAUUGCCUGGGCAUGGGGCGAACGGAUGCUGGAUACUGGCUCCCUGGAUCGUUUCACGGUAGACACUGUAGUGACCGAGCAAGGGGUGCUCUCAGCUCUGCUGAUCGACCCAACCCACGACGAUGACUUCGCGCUUCCCUACAACUGCACGGCAUGGAACCGCUUUGGCGCACGCUCCGUGGCAGUCAGCUUACGCCGCCAAGAGGUCCUGUCUGUUCUGAUGUUGGGUGCGUUGGCUGCCUCAGGAGUUGUGGCUCUCUUGCUCUUAGUGGUCUUCGUCUCCCUCUGCUAUCGACGUAAGCGCUGCGGAAAAGCCAAGCGGGGAACGCAGCUGUCUAAGGCUGAUAUCCUCGUGCAGAUCACCACAAGCGAGAGCAGCCCCAGCAGGCCCAGCGAGGUGGAAGAUGACGCCAAGGAACCUAUGGCUACAAGCAGCGAGUCUCCAGCCACGUCGCACACCGAACACAGUGAAAUCCUGGAGGAUGAUGAAGGAAGUCAGGAACUGAAGGACCCCACCAAUGGCUACUACAAGGUGCGUGCCCAUGAGGAGCCCUGCCUGGGGAGCAGCUUUUCAGAAUACACGCCGGCCCCCCGACCUUUGUUCGGACCGACGUCCUUGUACCCCUCCACGGGACCGGUGCAACCAAAACUCUUUGACUACACCCACCGCUACACCUUGGGUACCCCCAGUUCCCGCUCGGCGUACGACACCACCCACGAGCGGCUUUUCCCUCCAGAGAACAUAUACAGUGGGGCGACCUACCUCACAGCUCCCUACAGCCGAGCUUUUACUAGUUACGUCAAGCCGAGCAGCUACGAGAAAGCCGAGAGCGGUUACGAGCAAUCCGACCAAGCCAGCAAAGCUUCGGGCUGCUCCCGUUUCUCCUACACUUCCUUGUCUCAGCAGUCUGACUAUGGGCGCCCCGCUCAACAGCGCAUGCAGACUCACGUAUGACGGAACCCCUCACCCCUUCCGGACUCUUCUUCCAUCGUCAGUGAGAAAGAAACGGAAGUGGACGCUCGCUUCGGGGGGGAAACUGGUUCCAAUGGGGACAGCCUUGAGGACCUCAAAUCACUUCCUGAGGGCCCCAAACUAGCCUCGCCCUCUUGAGGAACCUCAACAGGGGGACUGGCCUAGGGGGCCAACUCCGGCAACCAAAAUGGCCGCCACCCUGCUUGCCUUCUUCCGACCGGAACCUAGAACUGUGAAGCAAUCGAUAGACAGACUUUUCUUUGGGUCAGGACACGAAAGCGGACCCAGGAUGCAACGUGUUCCCCCUUUGGGUCUGGACCCGACCUUAUGGAGGGGUGACGUGACUCAGUCUGUAAGAAUCCAGAUUUCACAUGGUGGCCAAGCUUUCAUGGGAGAUCAGCCAUAAGUGUAGCUUACAAAUCCAUUGGUGAUCGAGCUGACUGAUGCGCCACCUUGGCUUCCUCCCCCCUCUCCCCCUUCCUGCAGUCGCAUGAUUCUGGGAAAUCUUUACGCAUGGGCACUAGUGCUUGUAUUUUCAUUUUCCUGGCUCGAUGCUGUGGUUUACAUCCGUGUUUCUCAAACCUCCGCAACUUUUAAGAGGGGGGGUGUGGGCUUUUAACUCCCAGAAUUCUCCCACCAGCACGCUGGCCGGAGGAACUCUGAAUCCCUAGUAUAGAUAGGUCUCCUGCGUGAGCAAGGGGUUGGACUAGAUGACCUCCAAGGUUCCCUUCCAACUCUACUGUUACUGAGUUGAAGUCCACAGACGCCUUAAAAGUGGCUGAGGCUGAGAAACACUGGUUUAAAUAACUCCCAUCUUCCCUCUCUUUAGCUAGCAGGGGGGGUGGGCACCCCGGAUGGAUAGAAAGGCAACUAAAUUCCUUUCCCCUUUCUUAGGUAAUGGUAGCGCCAUGUUUUAAUGAGGGGGGGGGGAAGUGCUAUUUCCAAGCACUUGCAGCACCCGAGACUCGCCAGCAGGUGGCAGUGGUGUUUAACCACGAUGCCAAGAGAAAACUUGAACUGACCAUUAACAGUUGACAUGAAAGGGACCGAGGGAAUAAAAUCUAAUUUAAGGUGGGGGGGGGAAGAGAAAAUAAAAAAGCAGAGCAUGGAAGAGAGCAAGAAGCCAAAAACGGGCAAGAUCUAUUGAUCUUGUUUGUGCAUCUAUUGGGGGGAUGGAUAAAGCUGUCGGUUUUCUUUAGAGUUAAGUUAUUCCUUCCGGUUUCCUUUCCUUUUUAUUUUUAUUUUAUUUUUUUUGCCUUAAGUGUAUUUCUAUGCUCCUAUAGGGCGUUUUACAAGGGGAGGAAUACUGUUGUUUUCGUGUCUUCGGAACCAACGGAGUUUGGUUGAUUUUAUUUUAUUUUUGGUUCCUUUUUUUUUUUUUCCCCCUUCCGCGUUUUUCAAGCAAGAGCUCUCAGAGGCCGUUUGGAGCCGUGCCUGCUUUGAACCCGUGGUUCUUCAGAGACAAAGAGGGAGAGAUGUACGGACACUUGAAAUAUUUAUAUUUAAUUUUAAAAAACAUGAGACAAAGAGCGAGGCUGGGUUAUUUUUUUUUCUCUUUGUUCAUCCGGCGGCAGCAAAAGGAAACGGCAAAUGUUUAAAAGGGGGGGUGGGUCAUUUUGGAACAUUGGAAACCGCCUUUCGCGAUGACAGGUGGUCCGGUGGUCCGAUGGGAUUUGUUCUCUGCUUCUCCCGUGCGAUGUUUUACACAGGUGUCACACAACGUGCCCCCGUUGUAGCCUAGAUGCCCAUAAAAAUGCUAACGGGUACCCUGUGCUGUUACAAGAGAAAGAGAAAAAAGAAAACGCAUUUGGAUUCUUCGCCAAGAGCUGAAUUCUUAAAAUAGGUUUAGAUCAGGGGUCGGCAACCUUAAACACUCAAAGAGCCGCAAAGGCCCUAACCGGAAGCCCCCCAUUUAGUCAUUAAGCCAACCGGAAGUCUGGUUCCCCCUACCAUACUGUCUCCUCCUAGAGCGGCGUCCUUUCUCUUCUACCUAUCCUAACUGAAAGCCCUAUCAAUUGCGGAGCUGGCUGGCGAUGGAGCUGCAGCAGAGGGAUGAAAGAGCCACAUGCGGCUCCAGAGCCACAGGUUGCCGACCCCUGGUUUAGAUUAUAUAAAUUAUGGAGAGCGUUUUACGUUUUUUUCCCCCCCAGCUAUUUCUGAUGUAAAGGACAAAGCACUUGAAAUUACUGGUAGCUUCUGCUCUCCCAACUUGGGCUUUUGGUAUUUCUGAUGGUCUAAUAUCCGUUAUGGGUAGUCCUCGACUUACGACCACAACUGGUAGCGGAAUUUGGGUGAUGUGGUUGUUUUAAACAGGUCAUCGUGUGACCGCACCCAAUUUUACAAAUGUUUUUAACCAGGGUCAUUAUGUGAAUCGCGUCUUAGUUAAGCAAAUCACACAGUCAUUACGCAAAUCCAGUGGACUUUGCUUGUCAGAAGCCAGCUGGGAAGGGUUACAGAUCGCAAUCACGUGAUCACAGAGGCUGCAACCAUCAAUAAACGCAACAGUCAUAACUUCACUUUUAUAUAUAAAAGUUAUAUCACUUUAUAAAAGUGAUUAUACUGUAUAUCACUUUUUCCGAGACCAUCAUAUCUUCGAAGCGAACGGCUGUAAGUCAAGGUCUACCCGUACAUUUCAGAAUCAUCUUUGCAGUGCAUGAGGACUAGAAUCUUAACUUUUAAAAAUGAAAGGCAGAUCUUCUUUGGCUACUAACAUGGUAUACAUUUUGCCCUGUUUUGCAUUCUCAAACCCCACCCCAACCCUGAAAUAUUAACGUUAUAUCCUUGGUCUUCCACAAGAGGGCAGUCUUAUGCCACUUGAAUUUUUUUUAAGAAGGAAAACAUUACUUUUAAGUGUAUAUUUUCCUUUCCUGCUCACACACACACACACACACACACACACACACACACACAAAUAUCACACAUUUGACCUUCCCUCCCUUUGGGCAUAACUGAGCUCUCUUGCUGAGCGGCAGGAAUUUCCUUCAGCCAGAGAUCGCAGCUCAUGGGGUCACACGGGCUUUGCGUGCCUUAAGGCUUCCGCUUCAAACUCUGUCCGUUUAAAAUCGUAGAGUAGGGAUAACAUCUGCACCUUAAAAUCUCAGUCUCAGGUUGUGACAGACCCAAGUCCUGAUGAAUCACAAAGCGAUGUAUUUGCAUAUUGCUCACCGCAGUUUCUCAAUUACAUUUAUGGCUCCUUUUUGGGAAGCUGCAGGGCGCUGUGGUUUGUUCAGCGAACCAAAGGUUGAGUAUGUGAUUUUGUUAGGAUGUAUAUCUGGCAACGGAGGUGCCAGAGGAAUCCAUGGUCUUCGCUUAGAAUAUCUUCCAACCGAUCCUGAUUUUGAAAGGGUGCCAUUUCAGAGAAAUUCCUACCACAUCUGUACUUGCCACUUACAAAAGCUGUGUUUUUCCCCUGUCGGCUAAAAGUGGGAAGCACGCACAAGCGGUACCUCGAUACACGUUUACCUUCCCAAUAGGGCUGACUUCCUGUCCGUUUCCUGCAGCCAUCUCCUUCCUAUCACAGCUCAUCAAGUACUAAACAAACGCCGAGUACCGAAUGAGCAUUUUCACAUCAAAAUGCGUCGAGUACCAAAUUUGGCGAGUUUUGAAGCAGUCGAGUACUGAGGUACUACUAAAAUUCUCAUUGUCAUAACCUUUAACUGGUCAAAACUGUUUCUCGUAGGCAACAACUUUUGUGAAGCAAUGUACUUUUAAAGGGCUAACGUAAAGAAAUGUGUCCAAAAUCCAGGACUCCCAAAGGAAUGACAUUUGGGAAAGUUGUGAUUGCUUCAGUACUAGUACUGCCAACUGCAUUGCUGGACUGCUGCGGCAUUCACAUUAUCUUCACUUUCAACGCUCUGUGACAGUUUCCCAGCCAGUCUAGCAAUCCCUUGCUGCCUCCCUACCCAGCAGCAGCCGCUUAUCUGCCUGCUGGAAAGGUGAGGGAAGAGAGGAAGGAAGGAAGGAAGUGAGGAAAGUUUCCAAGGCUCCUGCCAGAUUCCUACAAGUAAGCUCAAUGGGGGAAGCUGGUAGGAAGUUGGAAGUCAGUUCUGCUCCAACUGCUUCUUUGCCUCUCCUCAGUCAUUCUCUUUUUCUGUUUAAAUAAGGAAAUACGGUACCUCUGAAACAAUGUCCCAUUGGGGCAUGGGUUAUCUAAUCUUAUUUAAAAGUUAUGUCAUUCCUGAGUUUCAUCGUUUUUGGAGAAAGGUAGAGCUUUGUGAUGUUUUCAGAUGUUUUAGGACUUCGGUUCCCAACAUUCCAAGCCAACAUGGCCUAAGAAUUCUGGGAAGUGAAGUCCUAAUGCAUCUGGAGAGCACCCUUAAUAUAUGAGGCAGACAAUGGUUUUUCUAUUAUAUAGCAGGAAAUCAAAAUAAAUGAUAUCAUUCAGCAAUAUACAUUGCUAC